GCAGCAGUUGGUAGAGUACAGCACUUCGGGAGUCGGUGUUAUUGUGAUUUGUGUAAACAAAAGCGCAUCGUUGAGCCAAAUAUGAAAUCCUUCAUUCAGUGCAAGACUACCGACAAGAGCAGAUGAUUCGUUGAAAACUCCCAACAUUUCUGGCUUGACAAACGCGGUUCAAGCGGUCGUUGCGUUGGCUCAAACAGCUGUUCGACGCGAGUUGUGCUUGUGCGUGUGUGACGCUCGGCGCUUUUCUUUGUUUGUUCUUAACUCUGAACGAAAGUGCUGAUACAAGUGUUAUGUAGACCAAGAGCUAUCAAUAUUUAUGCAGCGUAUCAAUUUCUAAUGUUCAAUAGUGGGUAGAUAGGUUUUACUAUUUUUCAUCAGCUAUACCGUCAUUGACGCAAAGUUUAGAAAGUGAUAGUUUUUGAAAUAUUGUGUUCUAACAAUACUAUCAACAGAAUAGCAUAUUCUAGAUGCUGUUUUAAAGUGAUUUCAGCCCACCAGCAGUCAUGGCCAUUUCCAACGAUGACCAAGAAUCUCCCUCUCCGAAAGCACAGUCACAGGAUGAGAAACCGUUGCGGUCUAGCAUGGAGAGCCUUAGCUCUACCCCAGAGCAGGAUCUCAACCGUUUGACGCGAAAGGCGGCCUUCAUGCAGAUCACGAUGGCUAUCGUGGCCAACAUUACCAUCAUAUCGUCCGGAAUGGGUCUCGGAUUUCCAUCGAUAGCCAUGAUUGAGCUCACUAACUCCACGACCUCGGUGACACUCUCGGAAAGUCAGGCCUCUUGGUUCGCUUCAGUCACGUCUAUCAUGUGCCCGUUCGGUGGCCUAUUGGCGGGCUUUUUGCUGGACAGAAUCGGUCGUAAAAAAACACUUUACUUCAUCAAUGUCAUAUCUAUCAUCUCCUGGGCUAUGAUGGCAUUGGCUAGUACAACCGACUCGGUGCUACUGUUUGUAGAGCUGAUGGUUGCUCGAGUGAUAAUCGGAAUUGCCAUUGGCCUCUCCAGUUCGCCAGCCUCGGUUUAUGCUGCGGAAAUAUCCCACCCCAAUUUACGUGGCCGACUCACGCUGCUGACCGCACUGUGCACUGGUGUCGGUAUGUUGCUGAUUUACACGUUGGGAUAUAUUUUCAAGGACGAUUGGCGUUUCGUGUGCAUCAUUUGCGGGGUUUUCACUUUUGUCUCACUGGUGUCGGUGAUUCCGAUUCCGGAGUCGCCCAGUUGGUUGGUUGCCAAGAACAAACUUCCCAAGGCCGAGAAAUCGCUCAAAAAGGUGCGAGCCAUUAAGGACAAUGACAACCCGCAGAUCACCCGAGAGUUGGACGAUUUGGCCGACAACAUCGCUCGUUUCCGUGCCAACCAGACCAGCAAAUCGAAGUGGGUUAUGCUGCAGCGACCGGAAGUCUACAAGCCGCUCACUAUUAUGUGCACCUUUUUCUUCUUCCAACAAUUCACGGGUAUUUUCGUUAUAAUCGUGUACGCCGCUCGCUUCUCGAUUGAGGCUGGCGUUCACAUUGAUCCGUUCCUAAGUGCCGUAUUUGUUGGUCUUACUCGUGUCGUUACGACAAUUUUGAUGAGUUUCAUAUCCGACUAUUAUGGAAGACGGCCACCAGCACUGUUCUCCGGUUUUGGAAUGGCUACUUGUAUGUUUGGUCUGGCAGCUUGUACCGUAUAUCCAGUUGCCGGAACCGAUCUGUACUGGAUUCCAACAUUCCUACUAGUAGCGUUUAUUUUCUGUGCCACACUCGGAUUUUUGACGCUGCCUUUCGCUAUGAUUGCGGAAAUGUAUCCUACCAAGGUGCGUGGUUUCGUGGCUGGAUUGACUAUUUUCGUCGGAUACACAAUGUCAUUCAUCAUAAUCAAAGUAUACCCAUCGAUGGUGCACGUUCUGGGUAGUGAAAAUGUGUUUCUUUUCUUCGGAAUCAUCUCCGUUAUCGGCAUCGGUUUCGUGUAUUUCUUCCUACCGGAAACCAAGGGACGAACGCUGGACGAAAUCGAAACUUAUUUCCGCGGUAAGCAGUCCAAGGAUGGCGAGAUAGAGCUUAAACAAAGCGCAGAAGCAAAAGUAUGAGAUUAACCGCAUCAUCACACUGUAACAAUCGAAAAAGAACUGUGAUACAAACCCAGAAUAACACUUACAAUGUAAGCGCGUUUUUAUAUCAAACGGAGAAACAGAAUGCGUGUAAUUUUAAGGUGUUAGGCGUUUACGAACGCGAUCGAUUCAUUACCGCAAGCGCGGGAGUAUAGAAGGUAAUCGUAAUAUUGCCUGAGUCCAUAGAAGCCAACUAGAAUAAAUAGACAAGUAGUUAUAUGCUCGCUUUAUAUUCUGCACAGGGCUGCCAUAUGAAACACUAUCAGAAAUAAAACGAAUAUCUCACUCAAAGAAGCACA